AUUAAUGUUCAUUGUUUAAGUCACAGUUUAGUGUUUUCUAGUUUUUUAAAUCUUUAAAAUUAUAUAUUUUAUGUAAGUUGCAGACGAUGCACUGUGCUGUCGUUAUUUGGUACGCACAGACAGUACUUUAUACUGUAGUCACUGCUGAGAUCGCCAGCCAGUAUGGGAGACAUUUUUACAUCGUCACUCCAGGAAUGUUUGCUCGGACUGAGCCAGUCUACUUGAUUCUACAGCACAUUCAGGAUAACACAGUUCCAGUGAACAUACAACUGGUUGGAGACUGGAGACUAUUGGAUCAAUCAAUUAAUGUCCCAUCAAAGUACUUCUAUAAACUUCAAUUGAAACGACAAGCUCUGCCUGUUAAAGCCCAAGUUGAGCCGGUGGUCUUCGAAGUCAAAAGCACUGGAAAAAUACGAUUUUAUUUCUCCGUGUGCGUCGUGGUCCACAAGGGACCGCAAGACGUGGCUACAUAUCAAGCCUGGCCCACUGAGCUGUUCGGGACUGACUACUACGUCUUUACUCUCAGGUACCAGCCGUUUCUCUACCUUGUCGCUAGUGAGGAUUACACGAACUUCCACAUAGGAUUGAAAAAUAACAUGCUGAGUACUAACCUCAAACUGGGGUUGGAGUUUCAUUCUGCGGAGGGGGACAUGAUUUACUUUAAGGGUUCGCUCAAAAGUGCUCAUGGGCUCAGCAUUGAUUACUGUGACGUGAGCCUGUUCCAGAAUGUCUCAACUUUAAAAGGAGUGUAUAUAAAGAGUGACAAGAAGAUUGGGGUGGUGUCUGGAAACUGUGCGCCGUCAGUGGAUCUCAAUCACUGUAGCGCUAACAAGAAUACAUCCACAUUCACAGGGGAUUUAGCCGCAGACAUGCUGAUUGGAGUUGAGGAUCUCGGCACUGAGUACAUUGUGUUUGGAAUAAAAUCCCGCAGUACCGAGAGCAUGAUUACAGUGAUCGCUGUGCUGGCAGAUGCUGAAUUCUGUCUGUGGAAAAACGACUUUGGUGACGUGGACUGCUAUAAAAUUUCCCUAGAUGACUCAAUAGAUCUAGAUGUACCAAAAGGUGCCAGAAGACUAAGAAGCACUACGACAGUACAAGUCAUGUACGUACAGAGAGCAUCCUGCAGUGUCAAGGAUGCUGGUGACGUGUCGAUUACGACUUUAAUACCGACUCAACAUUUUCACACCACUUACAUCUGGAUAACUGAUAUCAGCAGCAGCCAUCCACUCCACCACUAUCUGGUUAUUCUUUCUCCACAAGCUGCAAUCAAAUAUCUAAAGCUAAACUUGAUAGAGAUUGGCGAUAAAGGUUACUCCUGGGAUUGGGUGAUUGGUACCAUAAAGUGGAAGAUGGUAGAGAUAAGUCUAACCAGCAAGGUGGGCUCUCUAAGUGCCGGCGGGUUCAACCUGGGCUGCUACUUGUACGGUCUCGGAGUGAAUGUCAGCUAUAUGUACGCUCCUGGGUUUGAGAAAGGGGCGAUGCCGUGUACAGAAACAGAGACUGCGGCGGGGGAUGAGGUGGACAACGAUUGUGACGGGGAGAUAGAUGAAGAAUCUAACAAUAACCUUGAUGACGACAUGGAUGGAAAAAUCGAUGAAGAUUUAGAAAACGCCGGAGAAAUCAGUGGAGGAUGGGGCCAGUGGAUGUGGUGGAGUUGUACCAACACUUGCGCCUCCCAUCAAGCGAGAACUCGUAAAUGUGACCACCCCAAGCCAGCAGCUAAUCAAAGAGGUUGUCUUGGGAAAAUAGAAGAUCGUAAACCGUGGAACUGCAGCCUCUGCGGAGGUUGGGGCCAGUGGAGUGAAUGGAAAUGUACUGACAUCUGUCAAGCCACUUAUAUGGAGAGAAAUCGCACCUGCGAUAACCCCAAACCCUCUGACCCAAAGUUCACAUGUGAAGGAGACAAGGUGUCACAGAAACCAUCGAAUUGUAACGUUUGCGCUGCAGAUGCAGGGGAGUGGGGUGACUGGACCAGCUGGAAGUGUCAGAGUGACGUAUGUACAUACACAUAUACACAAUACAGAGUCAGGACGUGUAACAAACUGACUCACGCUUUUGAGAGUACGAAAUGUUAUGGUUCCGACUUCCAAGAUCGACGGGUGUGCCCGCCAUAUCGCUGGGGUGUUGAGUGCAUCAACAACUGCUACAAAUGUGUAGACCAGUGCGACUCGGAAGGUCGAUGCACAAACUGCAUUCUGGGACACAAAUUUCCAAACCUCUCUUGCAAUAAAGAGUGUGAACUGUUUGAGUUUGGUGCCAACUGCGAGGGAAACUGUCUCAAUAAAUGUGCUGAAGAUUGUUUAGAAAGAUACGACGGAACGUGCCCCUUUAACAAAAUUCAUCUUCUGUGGAUAUUCCUAUUUAUAAUCCCAGUUGGAGGUUUAGCUUAUAUACUCUACGAACGGAAAGCCUCAGAACCUUUGGUCAUAGAGAACAUUGAGUCAGUGAUAGCCUUCACCAAUGAGAAGGAAACAGACAUCACGACACACAUGUCUACAACUACCACGGAACUGUCUCGUGAAUCUCAUACAACGUUCGGUCCACACUUCCACCAGGGGGAGAGUGCCACUACGAGAAAGAACAUAUCUAUUGGUGACAUGAUCUCGCUCUAAUCAGCAUAACUGCUUCUGGCUAUUCCAUUAUAUCUGAGACAACUGGCCGAGAUGUCUACGAGGUUUCAGGAAGACAGUUCUAUAAAGUUGAGGACACAAGAGGUCUAGUUCAAUCAACGACAGAUUUGGUCUUAAAUACUAAACAUAAACAUAAUACAGGAGUAGUAGCCUAUAGAAAAAGAUAUGGGCGCUAUUAGAACUGUGUAAAAAUA